AUGGCUGAGAUUCUUAAAAAUAAAAGGAUUGUCUUUUUUCCGGAACUUUUUGAGCAAAAUUUCAUGAAAAAAUUGAAGGAAAUAAUAAUAAUGAUUUAUAAAAAAAAAAGACAUUUAUCUAAGCUAAAGAUUUCUAUCAUUAUAUCCUGGUUUAUCAUUUUAUGGUACGGAGAAGUGAAUAUAUUUAAACAGACGAUUUCCCGGUGUUCAUGGUCUUUAUGGGAAAAAUGGGAAGAAGGCACAAAACCAUAUCGUGUUGCUUUAAUUGGAGAUCCACAACUUGUUGAUAAACAUACAUAUAAUAGAAGUUUUCUAUUGACAGCGUUUACAAAUUUUUAUACAGAUAAAUAUAUGAAAAGAAAUUGGAAAUAUUUAAAUAACGAAUUACAUCCACAAUCUCUUAUAUUUCUUGGAGAUUUGUUAGAUGGUGGAAGAGAUCUGGAGAUGAAAAGUUGGAUUAAAGAAUAUAAACGAUUUGAUGAUGUAUUUUUCCAACCUCCUGGCGUAAAAGUUAUAUCUACACUUCCUGGUAAUCAUGAUAUAGGAUUUUCUGAUGGGGUAACACUUAAUCGAUUGAAUCGUUUUCGAGCAUAUUUUGGAGAAUCUAGCUCUUCAUAUGUAUUAGGAAACCACACCUUUGUACUUUUAGAUACAAUUAGCCUCUCAAAUACAAUUAACACUCAGGUUUCAGAAUAUACAAAACAAUUAUUAGAUGAUUUAAAAAACACAUACGAUAAGGAUUUUCCUCGUAUUUUAUUAUCGCAUGUUCCAUUAUUUCGCCCAGCAAACACUCCUUGUGGUCCUAAUCGGGAAAAAAACACAUCUAUUAAACUGGAACGUGGAUAUCAAUAUCAAAAUGUCAUUUUAUCUAGCAUAUCUACUUAUGUUCUUGAAAUUGUACGACCUAUUGCUGUGUUUUCUGGUGAUGAUCAUGAUUUUUGUGAAGUUAAGCAAACAAUAAAAAAAUAUGGUAUAACAAUUAUUGAAAGAAGUAUUAAAAGUUUCUCUAUGGCCAUGGGUAUUAGUCAGCCUGGUGUACAACUUGUUUCAUUAUACAACCCAUCACUCAAAAAAACAGAAAACCAAACAUUUCAAACAAAACUGUGUCUUCUACCUAAACAAUAUUAUAUCUUUUCAUUAUAUCUAAUUACAUUCAUUGUGACGGUUUCUAUUAUAUGUAUAUAUCAAUAUUUAUUUGUAGAAAAGGAUCUACAAUAUCUCUCGACUUAUACAAAUAAAUAUAAGAAUAUAUCACACGAAUCUUCAUUUAAAAGCUUAGAUCAUAUUUUAUCAGAUAUAAUUAAUAUCGCAAUUAUAGUUUUUCCUUGGUAUCUUUAUUUACUCAUUCGAUAUUAA